AACAAAGAUAUGAGGAUCUUUGCAAAGCUCUCUGCACCACUCUGCCUCCUUUUUGUCUUCCUCUGUCUUAAGACUGCCUUCUCAUCCUCUAUACAUGCUUCUUCCUUCUCAACAACGCAUCUUUGCUCUCAUGAGGAGGCUCUUGCUUUGCUGCAAUUCAAGACAUCCUUCUCCAUCAAUUACACUGUUCCGAAUCCAGAUUCUUGUGGGGAAAAUUAUUCUAAGAUUGAGUCAUGGAAGGGAGGCCAAUUACUUUGAUGGAAAUAUACCAUUUGGGUUUCCAGAGGGCUGUGGAUUACAAAAUCUCAACUUGCAUGGAAAUCAAAUGGACGGGCUUUUACCAAGGUCUUUGGUGAAUUGCAGCCGGUUAGAGGUUCUAGACGUUGGCAACAACAACAUAAGUGAUACAUUCCCUCAGUGGUUGGAAUCUCUACUAGAGCUUCAAGUGCUUGUCUUAAGGGCCAACAAGUUUCACGGUUUCGUGCAUAGCACCAAAGAAGGUCCAUCUUUUCCCGAGUUGCGAGUUCUGGACCUCUCCAGCAAUUAUUUUGUUGGUGCUUUGCCUGCUCGGUACAUUGAAAAUUUUAAUGCGAUGAUGGACCCUCAUAAAGAUGGUGGUUCCCCUAAAUACAUGAUGGUGUCGACAGGAGCCAAUUCUUAUCAGUAUUCACUAGUUGUGACAUGGAAGGGAUUCGACUAUGAGCUGCAGAAAAUCUUGACCAUAUUCAGUAGUAUUCAUCUCUCAAAUAACAUGUUUGAGGGAGAAAUUCCAGAUGUUAUUGGAAAGCUUAGUUCUCUCAAAGGGCUUAAUCUUUCUCAUAACAACCUUACUGGUCAUAUCCCACCGUCACUAGGGAAUUUGAUGAAUCUGGAAUGGUUGGAUCUCUCUUCCAAUGAGCUGGCAGGGAAAAUUCCUGAUGAAUUGGUAUCUUUGACCCAACUCUGUGUAUUGAAUCUUUCAAAUAAUCAUCUUAUCGGACGCAUACCACAGGGCAAUCAGUUCAAUACCUUUGAAAAUGGUUCUUAUGAAGGAAACCUUGGACUGUGUGGAUUCCCAUUGUCAAAAUCUUGUGAUGGAAUUGGGACACCGCCGAGCUCCUUCCAAGAAAAAGAUGAGUUGUGGAGAUUUGGCUGGAGAGCUGUGGUGUUAGGUUAUGGAUGUGGAGUUGUUUUUGGACUGCUGAUGGGAUAUCUUGUCUUCCGAACAGGAAAACCAAAAUGGUUUGUGUCUUUGUUUGAUGGCCGACCAAGUCAAGGUGGAAGGAAGAUGAGGAAAGCCAGAAGACUUGUUCAAAGAAGAAGCUAGUUGCAGAGUUGAUGUUUUAGAGCUUCUGAUUUAAUGUUUCCUGAAUAAGUGCUUUUUGGGUUUGAAGUUUCUGUUAUGGAUGGCAUUGGCUUGUCUAAAAUUGUCAGCCUACUAUUGUCUUUAUUAUGCUUUGUAAUUUUGUCUUUCUUUAUUGUAAAAUAUAUUUGAAGUUUCAAGCUGUUAAUCUUUCGUUAUUAAUGUACUUCCUUAAAUCGGUUGGUAUCAAACUGGAAGCGAAGGUGUGUCAAGUUUCAUUCUUUACAGUUUUUGUUCUUGAGAUUCCCAUUAGCAGAGUCAUAAAAAUUCUUGCUUUAC